AUGACAGAGAAGCGAGCUAAAUACGCCGAAGUGGCCACCACUUCAGAAGCAGUAGAAAUGAAACCUAAAGACGCAUCAGUCGACGAUGAUGACUGUGUAGGUCUUAAACCUAAGAUGACUUUGAUGAACGGCAUCACGGUCAUAGUAGGUAGUAUCAUUGGGUCUGGGAUUUUCAUCUCACCGACUGGGGUUUUGGCUCACACCGGCAGCCCCGGCAUGUCGCUCGUAGUCUGGAUACUAAGCGGGGUAUUCUCCAUGGUGGGCGCGUAUUGUUAUGCCGAACUGGGCUGCAUGAUUCAGAAAACUGGCGCUGAUUACGCGUACAUCAUGGUUACUUUUGGACCUUUCUUGGCCUUUAUGAGGCUGUGGAUCGAGUGUUUGAUAGUGCGGCCGUGUUCACAAACCAUCGUGGCUCUCACGUUCAGUGCUUAUGCCCUCAAACCUUUCUUCCCGACGUGUGAAUCUCCGGACGUCUCCAUGCGGUUGCUUGCUGCUGUGUGCAUACGUAGAGGUGAGGCCUUCGUCUCUUGUCAGCUCUGCAGAGGGGAGGCCUUCGUCUCUUGUCAGCUCUGCAGAGGUCAUGUGGAGUACUUCACGUUCGCUAACACAGAACCCCGCAUAUCAGAGAUAGCCUUAUCCUUCUACUCGGGACUAUUCGCCUACAACGGCUGGAACUACUUGAACUUCGUCAUAGAAGAACUAAAGGAGCCGGUCAAGAACCUGCCGCUCGCCAUCUACAUCUCCAUCACGCUGGUGACAAUAGUGUACGUGCUCACCAAUGUCGCCUUCUACACGACCCUGUCGCCCGCCGAGGUGCUCGGCUCAGAGGCCGUCGCUGUGACAUUUGGCGACAAGUUGUACGGGAAAUUCGCCAUCUUAGUGCCAGUCUUUGUAGCGCUCUCUACGUUCGGCUCUGUCAACGGCAUUCUCUUCACUUCCUCGAGAUUGUUCUACGCCGGUGCUCUGGAGGGUCAGAUGCCGCAGAUUCUAACCAUGAUCCAGAUCGACCGCAUGACGCCAGCGCCCGCCGUGCUGUUCAUGGCCUUCCUCAGCCUCUUGUACCUCUUCUCCAGCAACAUAUACGCGCUCAUCUCAUACGUCGGCUUCGCUACUUGGUUAUCCAUUGGCCUGGCGGUGGUGUGUGUCCCGUAUCUGCGCUGGAAAAGACCAGACUUGGAGCGCCCUAUCAAAGUGAACCUCUUCUUCCCCAUCAUCUACAUCAUCGCCACCGUCUUCAUCACCAUCGUGCCCAUGAUCGCUGCUCCUGUUGAAACUGGCUACGGAGUGGCCAUCAUCAUGACAGGAGUGCCCGUGUACUUCCUCUUCAUUAAACUCAAGAAGCCGGCCUCCGUGCAACGUGUCCUGAGACGACUGGAUCUGCUCAUGCAGAAGUUGUUUAUGGUCUGCGCUGCGCCGAAGACCGAGAAGGUUUAAAUGCUGCUGAAAUCUACUGGCAUUUUUUUCGCGACAUUUCGGGUGUAAACAAAAUAUUCAACCCGAAAUUGACCGUGGAUGACAGUUGCUGCUGGUUUGAACCCUUAGUUUUACCAUUAAUUUGAAGAACAACUUGUUUUGGGGUAGCCGCGCGUAACAUAGCAUGGUUAAUCAUAAUCAUCAGACCAAUCACGAUUGCAUUGCUGGAUUCCAGAUUAAGGGAUUCAUGCUUGAAAUUCCUUUUAGGGGGGACUUCUGAAGCCUGUCAGUGCUCGUCAGACGUUCUACGGGAAUUUGGUACUACUUGGGGGAUUGUUCCUGAGCGCCCCACCGCUGAGCUCGCGGUGUCUGACUGCAGG